CGUAACGUGUCGAGCAUUAAAGACCGUGCGCUCUCGUUUGUUUGGCGCACUCGUUUUACAUCCCGUAACACUCUCCCACUCUAUUCCUCGCAAAAUACAUUACAAAGUCGAUCGGAAAAUGUUCCUCGCGAGUGUCACUGACUCGCGAUAACGGACCAGCUUGUGUGUGUGAGAGUGAAAACAGACGUGCGCACAGAAAGGGAAGAAAGUAACAAGAAAACCACAGCCGGUGGACAGAGGAGAUACAGCAGCAGCGCGGAAAAACAGUAUUGAACGACCGUUCAAUUCGGACCGAAAGAGAGAGAGAGAGAGAGAGAGAGAGAACUCUUGUCUCUCCGGCGGCUCGGCCACUUUGACGGGUCGGGGUUCGAUCGAUAAACACACGGGGUGCGUGUGUAUAUACCGUUCAGUCUGAACGCGCGUCCGCCGAUUUGGAUAAACCGCGAAUUCGAGAAAGGUGUGCGUGACCAUAUAUUUUCUCGGCUGCCAACAUUUUGUCCUCCAUUUAUCGGACACUAUCACGCCGUUUAGUGUACAGCCUUACGGAAUUCUUCGGAGUGAGGCACGCCAAGAAACGAAUAUGAAGGCAAUGGUGGUGAGUCCGGUGGGAGGUAGGGUACCACCUACCCGGGGUGUUCUGCACAGCGGUCUUGGGAUCAACGGGACCCGACGUGAUCUCGAGGCGGAGGAGGUCGCGGCUUAUUUGACAAAACUGCGCUCCCUGGUCCCAGACAUGCCUAGGAAACGAAAACUCUCGAAGCUCGAGGUGAUCCAAAGGGUGAUCGAGUACAUCUGCGAUCUCCAGACGACAUUGGAAGAGACGAACGAGCCCGGUAGUGGUAUCGUGAAGACGACGACGACGACGACGACGGCCAGGCAGCCCCUUCAACCGUUGCUGAAUGCCGCGACGACCGUGCCCGCGACGUCCACGACGUCGUCGACGACGACGAUGACCGGUCUGGUAGCGGAACGGUGACCUGGCUCGACCUACCAGCUCCAGUAAAAGCUCAGGUCGCUGCGAGCUGACCUCUAUCCGGUUCUAACGUCGAUCGGGACUGUUGUUCGUGUCUACUUCGAGAGUUUUAGAAGAAGGAACUCUCAGAGUCCUCGCAGAGCUAUCGGAUGCGCGCACGGAUUCCCCAAAAGAUUCGUGGGGUGCCCCGACUCGAAUGGGGACCGUUCGAAAAACGAAGACACGCGACAACGCUGGCCACUCUCGCGGCCAGCCGGACUUCUUUCUUCGGGGAAAGAUGUGUGUAAAUACUUGUACAUAAACUCGCCGCAUUCCUCGCACCGACCCUAUCAUUGUAUCACAUCCACUGUUUUUCUGUUCGAUCCUUGUGUAAUCUUACCCGAAUUGUACGAGAGAAUUGAAAGCUUGUUUCUUGUUUUUUUUUUUCGAUAAUGAACCAAACCGAUCCAUUUCUACUUGUGAGAGAAUCAAUUUUCUCUUGUGUUGGAGCAAUACCAGGAUUCUGUAUUAUUUCUAGUUCGGAAUGUGUAUCGUUGACGACUGGUCGAGCAUGAAUAACGAUGGUUCCUCUCGAUCGAAGAAAUUUCUCGUCAUGAUUGGCAAACUUGUUAUGCUAUUUUUCUCGUCUGAUUUCCCGUUAAUAAUCGGAUCACUUAAGGUAAAACGACAGAAUCUGAAAUUAAAUUAGCCACGUUGCGUAGGAGUAAACUCGCUCCGCCCAACCAGUCGUGAAUGGAUCCCCCAUCGUAAUUCUUUCUCGUAGAUUUCGCGCGGAAGAGAAAUGUUUUUAUCGUCGCGUUGACCAGAGACCCUUGUAUUAUGUAGAGUCCCCCGUUGUAGAUAAUAAAAAAGGAUUAUUUGUAUCAUGAUUAUUGAUUACAUUAAUGGCAAUUGUCGAUACUAUAUUAUUAUUAAUAUUAUAUUAUUAUUACUUGGUUAUUAUCAUUGUUAUUGCUUUUCAUAUUAUAAGUUAGAGAUCUCUCUCCGUAACUAUUGUAUAUUCGCGAAGACUGAAAGGCUGUAAAGUGUAAGUAUAUUGUCGCGCGGGCGUGUCACACUCGCGCACACGUGAAAUAAAUGCAAACUGUGUCCACACGAUUA